AUGGCGAAAGCAAAGAGUGUAAUGGCUUUCAUAGCCAUGGUGGCUUUGAUUAGCGCUGCUGACGUGGCUGCACAGUCACCUGACUGUGAUGCUCUUCUUCAAACCUUGAUUCCCUGCAUUGGCUUCGUUGCAGGCACUGAUCCAAAGCCAUCUGGAGAGUGCUGCACAGCCUUGGGCAACGUUGUCAAAACCAAUCCCAGCUGUCUCUGCGAAGUGUUAAAUGGCAAUACGGGUGGAUUUAAAAUCAAUAUGACCAAGGUGUCAGAACUUUCCCAGGACUGCAAGGUUCAAACUCCACCUAUCAGCAGCUGCUACGCAGGUGCACCGGAGCCUUCUCCAAACCCAUUCGAAUGGCCUCUCCCCGGUUCACCUGCUCCUCCUCCUCCUGAAAACGCAGGAGAAAUGUUUGCACCGUCAAUGGUGGCGAUCUUUUCGUUGGUAGCACUGCUUUUAAUGAAGAUUCUCAGUUGA